AUUUCCCGUUUCCGGUGACCGACUUCUAGCGCAGGGCAUAUCGGCAUCUACGGCAACCUCAUUUCACACCUCAAAAAAACAACAACCAUGCUCCAUUAAUCAUGCAGUUCAGACCUUCUUUUUCCUCAAACGUCUUCCAUCCCUUCACACGUCGUGUGCCCGACUAUUCCAAAGCACACAAGAAAAAGCGGACAGCCGCCUCAUCGCCCAUAGCUCAGAAUGUCUUCGAACACUACCUGUCGCUCCUCAACAUCAGCAUAUUCUCGUGACUGCAAGACGAACGUUCAAAAGGGAGGAAGCACAGGGAACAACAAGGCCUACCAUUAUUCGCAUGAUGAGAGUGGAAGGAGAGAGUCGGACGGCACUUACAUCCCCUCUGGACCGGCUCGGAAAAAGGGAUUUUUUAAGAAAGUUUUCGGUUGUACUUGUUUCGAAUUCGAUGAGGACAGCGAUCCUGUCGCACGAUAUCGACCACGACAGCAUGCCGUCUACGCCAGAUCACCUCCUGAGCCUAUACCCCCAUACUCUCGGACGGACCCUCAUCCGCCCCCCCGCCCCUGUCCUGCAGCAGAUCGCUCUGUUGCGUCCCUUGAUAGCAGUUCUUCACUCCCAGCACAAGAUCAAUCUCAACUGCUCUUCCUUCCCGUCAUCCCUCGACCAGAGGACGAAACUCAAAAGACAUAUCCCGUUCCCAAUGGUAGUUUUGCAGGUGGCACGACUGGCGGUGCCGGGGCAGGGGGCGGCUGAUGAGCAUGGUCGCCUUUCAUAACCACAAAGCAGUAAAGCUCAAAAAGUAGAAUGCCCGCUACAUCACUUCAAAAAGUUCAGUUAGAAGUCUGGAUCAUAUAAUCUAGUGUAUCCGGAGCUUCUUGUACCAUAUUAAACAGCUGUAUUUGUAAUAGAUACCCAGAGGGCAGUCCUGUUGUACUACUGCACUCUCUGAAGAGCUUUAGAACCUUAGGUGAAAGGGAUGAAGAAAACGUUCAUGGUUUUCAACGGCAGACCAACUCACAUUAUGCC